AUGACUGUUCUAUCUUCGGCGAAUGUAGGCCAUAUUUCCGCGGAGUACCGAAAUCGGACAAUUACUGUAAUAUGCAUAUGUUUUCCGCUAGCUGUGCUUGCUGUAAUCCUUCGCUUUACGGCACGAAAGAUAUCCAGGGCCGGGAUAUGGUACGAUGACUGGCUCGCCUGCCUUGGGUUGGUUGCAGUGGGAGUGUUCAUCUCUCUCAUACUUGUGGAUCUCCCAGAUGAAAGUGCAAUCCAGGGCAACCCCAUCCCAGAAAGUACUCUCCUUGAAAACGCAAAAACAGUCUACGUUACUGAGCUGUUCUAUUACAUCACCCAGUUUAGCCUGAAAUCCUCCAUACUGGCCUUCUACUGGCGGCUGUUCAACGUAUCCUCAAUACGUGUUCCCAUCUACAUUACUACUUGUUUUGUUGCGGCAUGUUUCAUCGCAUCGAUUCUAGUUACCGCUUUCCAAUGUGUCCCUGUUGCCUCUCUUUGGACGCCAGCAUUGAGGGGGUCAGCGAAAUGCGUAGAGUUGGGGCCCUUUUUCUUCGGCACCUCUAUUCCCAACAUCCUAGCUGAUCUAUUCCUCCUGGCACUUCCUAUGCCUUAUGUCUUGGUUCUGAAAAUCAGCUGGACACAAAAGGUCUUCGUGAUGGGAUUCUUCCUUCUUGGUGGGUUUGUCUUGGUCGCAUCUGCUAUCCGCCUUCGCCUGCUACUCCUCCUAGAUCUCCAAGGAUUCUUUGCAAACUGGGCUGUGGAGAAUUCUGUUCUCUGGAGCGCGAUAGAAAACUGUAUGGGUGUCGUCUGUAUCUGUCUUCCUUCUCUCAGACCGGUCGUCAACCUCCUCCCUGGGGCAUCUCGUCUUGGCAAAAGUGUCGGUUCAGGUCACACAAGCGGACGUGAUACGAGGUACCUUGAGCCUGAGCAUGAUGCAGAAAAAGCAAAGCAGCAACAAUACGACGAGUAUGAACUGUUAGAGCGGGAUCGAGACUGUUGCUGGGUUGAGGCGGGUAGACUUGACGAGGGACAUUCAAUUAAGACAAUUGAGGAGGAUAUCAUCACUGUCCAGACCCAGAUUCAGGUGUCUUCUGGUGCUGCGAGUAAGCUGGCAGAGGCAGCAUAA